CGCGCUGCGCGGCGGCGGGCGCUGGGGGGUGUACGGCCCGAGGCGCUCGCUCCCGUGCGGAGGCCGCGGCACCGGCGCGGGCGGCGGGAACGCGCGCGGGGAGCUCGUCCGUCGGCGACAGCGGGUGGGGGAACGGGCCGCCCCCCGGGCCGGCCCCGGCAUGGGGCGCUGCUGGGGCCGCCCCCCUCGCCGGGCCCGGCGCGCCCCCGGACUCUGCGUGCGGCGCCGCCCGCGGGGCCUGUAGGGGCGGCCGCGCCGCGCCUGGCCGGGGGCAGCGGUGGCAUGAGGAGCCGCUGCGGCCGCCGGCAGUGAAUGGGCUUGGCGGCGGAGCGGGAGGAGCCGGAGCCGCCGCCGCUGCCGCGAUGGCUCAGGAGAAAAUGGAGCUGGACCUGGAGCUGCCGCCGGGGAGCGCCGCGGCGCCGAGCGACGGGGGCGGCCUGCGGAGAUCCAACAGCGCCCCCCUCAUCCACGGGCUCAGCGAUAAUUCACAGGUGUUCCAGGCUAACGUUUUGCGAACCCGCAGGAACAGUACCACAGUUAUGAAUCGUCAUAGUCUGUUUGUGCCAUCAUCUCCUAUCCGUAUUCCCAGCAGCCGCCUUCAUCAAAUCAAGCAGGAAGAAGGAAUGAAUUUGAUGAACAGAGAAACAGUACGUGAAAGAGAAGUGCAAGUAGCAAUGCAGAUGAGCCACUCAUGGGAGGAGAGCUUGAGCCUGAGUGACAAUGAUUUUGAAAAAUUAUCAUCACCAAAGCAAGUGGACUUUGUCCCAGUUUCUCCAGCUCCUUCACCUACCAGAGGAAUAGGGAAGCAAUGUUUCUCACCAUCUUUGCAAAGUUUGGUGAGCAGCAGUGGAUUACCUCCAAGUCCUAGCCCGAGUCCAACAAGGCGAUUUUCAAGCAGGAGAAGCCAGAGUCCAAUUAACUGCAUUCGACCAAGUGUUCUUGGGUCAAUAAAGAGAAAAGGUGUAACAGAGAUAGAAGAUCAUCCAAAAAGAUUAUUCCAAGGAUCCACCAACAUGCUUACCCCUGAAGCUUCACACCAGACAGACCUUGGGGGAUGUCUGUCGUCACAUGCUCUCGAUGACAACAGAAGCAGUGCAGGCUCUUCCUGUGACUCGCCAGCUGAAGUCAGCACCAACACAGACUCUCCAGUCUCACUUUCUGACUCCAGAUCUCCUUUUUUACCAGUAGAUCUUACGGCUAAGUUACCCAUGGAUUGAGAAGCAGAAGCCUGCUAAUGGAUCCCAAGAAGAGGCUGGAUAUCAAUAAGACUUUCUGUUGUGUGUAACUGAUUCUGUUCCUCAUAGGAACUUCCAGAAAGGUCAUUAUUUCUAGAAAACUUCCAGAAUAGUUCCUUGAGGAGGAAUUCACGUUUCUAGUGAUUUGUAUGACAUUUACUGAAAUACAGUAAGGAUUUGAAUUGCAAACAUAUUUGAUGCUAACAUCAGUAAGCAAGCUGUUGAUUUACAAUGGAUGUCGUCUUGCUGACGUGAGUUACAAAUACUAUAUGUGCAUUCUGCUUAUGGAAGACUUGGCUCUCCCAGAGCCAACAGGCAGUGGCCUCACUGAUAUUGGGUGGUGCUUAUGUACUAACAGGUAACUUUGACCCUUGUUCUCAGUCUGAAACCAAUGAAGCAACUCAUUAAUUGGGCUUUAUUCCUCAAGUGUUAGAUAUUUAUUCUUGUUCUUCAUAUGAACGGGGAGUAUUUGCAGUGGGGGAAUUGAUUCUGUCAAACCAUCUGUGCUCCAAUAGAUGUCAAAAGAACAAGUUGGUGAAUUGUCAGCUUAAAUGUAUAUAUUGGUUUCUGUUCAUGAUCAUGACUGCUGUUUGUGACUAAAAGCAAAUUAGGAACAUUAUUCUGGGUUUUUGUAUUGUUGGGGGUUUUUUCCUUCCCCGGUUAGAUGAUGUAUAGAGUAGUAGAUGCUCUGUUCCAGGUCUUUCAAUAGGGAAAAAUGGUAAUAAUAUUUGGAACAAAACAUUAAAUCCUGAGGUUUUUAGUAGUUAGUACUUCAGAAGUGCAUUAUGUUAACAGACAGUAUUCAUCCUCAUAUGUGACUUAUGUUGCACAAACAGAAUGAGGAGGGUUGAAUGCCUUUUUACAGGCUGAAGUGAUCAAAUGUUUAACAUCCUGAUGAUACAUCCUCAAAUAAUGGUAUCAAGUAAUUUCUGCCGUUAAAAGCUUCAGAUGCUGAUUGGAAGGCUAGAAUUUGAUAAUCUGAGAUGUUUCAGGAUCAUUGUACUGUAUUUGACAAGUCAGUGGGUUGUUGCAUCCUGAUCUCAAGUCUAGAAUUCCCCAAACAGGAGGAAAAACCUGCAAACCCCACCACAGGCAGCUGUUUCAGAUUUUCCAGUGGCAACCUUGCUUAGGUGGUUGGCUCCUGUUAUGCAGUUGAACUUCCCCAGCUGGGUCCUCAUUUGUACAUGUGUGUAUACAUCUGUGCCAUGUGGCUUCAAGCCUUCUCUCCAGAGAGGUUACUAGUGAAGCAAAAUGGUUUCUUUUUUAAACACUAAGUCUUUGUCGCUUGUAAUAGACUGAGAAAAGUAUGGAAACUUCCUCAAGUGUGAGAAGCCCGUGCUGAACUCUGCUGUGAAAGACCAAUGCAAGCGAAGCUUUCAGUGACAGCAGCCAUCAAAAGUGGAAGUGGAUAACUUGAAGUGCCAAGACCCAGUGACCUGAGGACCAGUGGCCAUUCCAUAUGUCCUUAUUGUAGAGAGAACAUAGAAUCUAUACAAUAAUUGUACUCAGCUCCAGUAAGAUCUGACAUGAUUUAUUUCUGAUUUCAUUCCUCUUAAAUUAUUACAAUAGUCAGCUUCCUAAUGGCAGUUCCUUUCUAUUUUAUAUUGAACUCCAGGCUGCCCUUCAUCCCUGUAGCAGGUGGACGAGCUCCUCUUUGAUGUCUGUUUGCUCCUCUCUCUCUAACAUGGCACAGUUUUAUUUCAGAGUUUCAGGUAUGUGCCAAAGAGCUGUUGUGUUCACUCUUGUGGUGAGGGCAAGACUUAUUCUUUAUAUAAAUCUUGCUUAUGUCUUAAGAAUGAACCUCCUGGCAUCUCUUCCAGUCUUUUUUUUUAAAGAUGCAUCAGUAGAGGGGUGUAAUAAUUGUGUGUGGGUCAACUUGUCUCUCUUCUGUUAAAUAUUUAUGCUGUUUUUCAAAUAAGUGCCAAUAAAUUGAAAAAUAAUCGUGUUUUACUGUUUCUGCACUUUGUUAGAGAGGUAACCAUAUUCCUGUUUUCAUCUGUGAUUGUAUGCUUUAAAAUCAGAAUAUCUUAUAACCCACUUCCACAUGGUCUAGUUUACAUUGAAGUUAUCCUUAAAGUCUGCAGUAGGCUUUUCUGUUUUCCUAGUGCAAUGCAAUCUUAAAGUUCUGUGACGACUCCAGGAAAAAAAGGAAGAAUAAAACCAAACAUUUUCAAACUA